AUGGCUCCCUCCUCGCUCAUCAUGACUCAAUUACACGCAUUCCCGUGGUAUACAGCCAUGUGGGUCAUUCCAUUGGUGUAUGCUGUUGUGAAAGUGGUCUACAACAUCUUUUUCCACCCCCUGGCCAAAUAUCCUGGUCCGUUUCUCGCAAAGUUCACGCCCAUAUACCCGAUGCUGGCCAUGUUUCGCCAGAAUCGAGUCCGUUGGCAGCAUCAAAUGCUCCAGCAAUAUGGUAGUCCCGUUCGAGUAGGGACUAAUGAGCUCUUCUUUUCAGACAUGAAGUCAUGGCAAGAUAUCUACGGACAAUCUUCGAAUCCAUGUGCUAAAGAAAAGGUCUUCUAUGACAUGUUUACUGCAACUGGUGCAGUGAGCAUCUUGAACGAGAGAAACAAAGCCGCUCACGCCCGUCUGAGGCGUCUGGUCUCUCAUGCCUUUUCUUUGAAGGGACUUCUCCAAGAUGAGCCCAUGAUUCAUGACAAGGUUAGGACGCUAUUGGACGUGGUUUUCACUCCUGCGGCUUUCGAGAAAACGUCAGUCGACAUCUUCUCUAAAAUGAUGGAUCAUUACCUCGACAUCACAACGUACCUGAGCUUUGGAAAGUCGUUCGACUGUGUCUCCGGCAAAGGUACAUUGAAUCAUGGUGAUCUCGACUCCUUCAUGGUCGUGGUGCCUACGCAGGCUUUCUUCCCACAGUUACGUUAUGUUCCCAUCAAAAAGAUUCAGGAAGGCUACAAGGGAUUGGCGAGGCUGAUCAAUUUUGCCGAAAAAUCUGUCCAAGACUUUCACUCCAAGAUCGAACGAGAUCCAGACAACUUCGCGCGCGGUACCUUCUUAAGGAAUUUGUUCGAUGCUGUCGACACAGAGACUGGUAGCAAGCUCACAUUCCCCGAACUAGUCGAAAAUACCAUUCUUUUCCUAGUUGCUGGAAGCGACACCACUGCAGUGACCACCAUCUAUACAAUUUGGGAAGUUAGCAGGAGACCAGAAGUCAAGAAGAAGCUGAUCGAAGAAAUUCGUACUGCUUUUCCUGACCCUAGACACCAGCCAACAUAUGAGGAGACUACAAAAAUGACAUAUAUGAAUGCUUGUAUCGAGGAAGCCCUCAGACUUUGGGGACCACUCAGUGCCGGAUUCCCUCGUGUGUCACCGGGCAAAAUGAUCGGUGAUCACUAUAUCCCCAAAGGAGUCCAAGUCGCAACACCAGCAUACGUGACUGCUCGAGAUCCAAAGUUCUUUCCCAACCCAUCAGAGUAUAUCCCAGAAAGAUGGCUGGAUGCUACGUCGGAUAUGAGAAACAUGUCCAGGCCCUUUAGCUAUGGCCCGAGGAACUGUAUUGGGAAGCAUCUUGCCGACAUUGGUCUUCAUCUAACGCUUGUGCGGAUAUACCAACUUUACGACAUUGAUAUCGAUCCAAGCAUGACGAACGCAAUGAUGCAGCAAAGGGAUCGAGGUGUCUGUUCACCUUGGGAUGAGAAGUUGCUGGUCCGUCCUUCAUUUGUUUACGGAGAGAUCGGGUCAUAG